UCUCCUUGCGGUCAUUCAUCGAGUCUUUGCAACGCUAGCGGAGAGGGAGAGGGAGAGGGGGAGAGCGAGAGCGAGAACGAUGUCCGGAGGCAUCGCGCGUGGCCGCCUCGCCGAGGAGCGUAAGGCAUGGCGGAAGAACCAUCCCCAUGGUUUCGUCGCUCGGCCGGAGACUCUCCCUGAUGGCACUGUCAAUCUCAUGGUCUGGAAUUGCACCAUCCCCGGCAAGCAGGGGACUGAUUGGGAAGGUGGUCACUUCCCUCUUACACUACUGUUCAGUGAAGACUACCCCAGCAAACCUCCAAAAUGCAAGUUCCCUCAAGGAUUCUUCCAUCCAAAUGUCUACCCAUCUGGAACAGUAUGCUUAUCAAUUCUGAAUGAGGACAGUGGAUGGAGACCAGCAAUUACUGUGAAACAGAUACUUAUUGGAAUACAGGACCUGCUGGAUCAGCCUAAUCCGGCAGACCCUGCACAGACUGAUGGUUAUCACCUCUUUAUCCAGGAUCCACCAGAGUACAAAAAACGGGUUCGGCAACAGGCCAAGCAGUAUCCUCCUCUGCUUUGACAUGCCCUAGUAAUCUAAAAGUUGGUGUUAUUGCGUCUUUCUGACUCACAGACAUCUCUUCAGAAUAUGUUUAUUGGCUUAACUAGAUUACAAAUUUCAGGGCCUUGUUAGCAUCAUUGAUGGACCCUGUAUAUUACCGUGAAGCCUUUUAAAGCGAUUUGCUUGACUGUGUGUAUUUAUAACUUAUAAAACUCCUCUUCAGUGUUUCGGGUUUGUUUCC